CCCGCUAGAUUAAAGGCUUACUGUGCGCUCCCAUAAGCCCUGAUUAAGAAGGUCAUGAAGCUUUAGCUCGCGAGCCGUUAGCAUUCAGCUAGCACACCCAUCGACUCUACAUCUCCGCGAGUAGGUUCAUUCAUCCGCCAAAAAUGGAGUGGGCAAGUCAGCUAUGUGAGAACCGAGGCUUGGGAUCCAAGAUGACAGACUCCAAAUAUUUCACCACUACCAAGAAAGGCGAGAUCUUUGAGCUGAAGGCAGAGCUCAACAGUGAUAAGAAAGAGAAGAAGAAGGAGGCAGUGAAAAAGGUCAUUGCGUCUAUGACAGUGGGAAAAGAUGUCAGUGCUCUGUUUCCUGAUGUUGUGAACUGCAUGCAGACGGAUAAUCUGGAGCUGAAAAAACUGGUUUAUCUGUAUUUGAUGAAUUAUGCCAAGAGCCAACCAGACAUGGCCAUUAUGGCAGUCAACACCUUUGUAAAGGACUGCGAGGACCCAAACCCUCUGAUCCGUGCGCUGGCUGUGCGCACCAUGGGGUGCAUCCGAGUGGACAAGAUCACAGAGUACCUGUGUGAACCUCUGCGGAAGUGUCUGAAAGAUGAAGACCCCUACGUGAGGAAAACUGCUGCAGUUUGUGUCGCCAAGCUCCACGACAUUAACGCCCAGCUGGUGGAAGACCAGGGCUUUCUGGACACCCUGAAAGACCUGAUCUCUGACUCAAACCCCAUGGUGGUAGCAAAUGCAGUAGCGGCUCUGUCCGAGAUAGCAGAGUCUCAUCCUAACAGCAACCUUCUGGACCUGAACCCUCAGACCAUUAAUAAGCUCCUGACAGCCCUUAAUGAAUGCACUGAGUGGGGCCAGAUCUUCAUCCUUGACUGUCUGGCCAACUACACGCCCCGUGAUGACCGCGAGUCACAGAGUAUCUGUGAGCGUGUAACUCCACGUUUGUCCCACGCUAACUCUGCCGUGGUGCUGUCUGCUGUGAAGGUUCUGAUGAAGUUCAUGGAGAUGCUUCCUAAAGAUCUAGACUAUUACGGCACUCUGCUAAAGAAACUUGCUCCACCUUUGGUCACGCUGCUCUCAGCUGAACCUGAACUGCAAUAUGUUGCCCUGAGGAACAUUAACCUCAUCGUACAGAAACGCCCUGAAAUCCUAAAACAUGAGAUGAAGGUUUUCUUUGUGAAAUAUAAUGACCCGAUCUACGUCAAGCUGGAGAAGCUGGAUAUCAUGAUCCGCCUUGCGUCUCAGGCCAACAUUGCUCAGGUGCUGGCUGAGCUGAAGGAAUAUGCCACUGAAGUGGAUGUAGACUUUGUGCGUAAAGCUGUACGAGCCAUUGGCCGCUGCGCAAUUAAAGUAGAGCAAUCAGCAGAGCGUUGUGUCAGCACGCUGCUUGACCUCAUUCAGACCAAGGUCAAUUAUGUGGUGCAGGAAGCCAUUGUGGUCAUCAAGGACAUCUUCCGCAAGUACCCCAACAAGUACGAGAGUGUGAUUGCCACCCUGUGUGAGAACCUGGACUCUCUGGAUGAGCCUGAGGCCCGGGCAGCCAUGAUCUGGAUUGUGGGAGAGUACGCAGAGAGGAUUGACAACGCCGAUGAGCUGCUGGAGAGCUUCCUGGAAGGCUUCCAUGAUGAGAGCACACAGGUGCAGCUGCAGUUGCUGACAGCUAUUGUGAAGUUGUUCUUGAAGAAACCCACUGAGACUCAGGAGCUUGUGCAACAAGUGCUCAGUCUCGCCACACAGGAUUCUGAUAACCCUGAUCUGCGUGACCGUGGCUACAUCUACUGGCGUCUGCUAUCCACAGACCCUGUGGCAGCUAAAGAGGUUGUGCUGGCCGAGAAGCCUCUGAUCUCAGAGGAGACGGACCUGAUUGAGCCCACCCUGCUGGAGGAGCUCAUCUGCCACAUUGGUACUCUGGCCUCAGUCUACCACAAACCCCCAAGCGCUUUUGUGGAGGGCAGCCGUGGCGUACAGCAUAGGAGACUUCCUCCUCGUGCUGGCUCUGGCGAGAGUGCAGAGAGCCCUGAUGUUGGCCAGUCUGGACCUUCUGAAGCUCCACCCGCUGUCAUUCCAUCACAAGGUGAUCUCCUAGGUGACCUGCUGAACCUGGAUCUGGCCCCGCCCACUGCCACAGUCCCUCCAGUGCAGCCCUCAAUGCAGAUGGGAGCCAUGGACCUACUGGGAGGAGGUCUGGAUAGUCUGAUGGGCGAUGAAUCAGAUACGCUGGGAGGAGACAUCGGCGGAAGUCCUUCGAUGGGUGCCGGUCUGGGGGCGGCCCCAGCAGCCAUGCCUGCUGCUCUCGGCGGUGCUCCUGCUAUUGGAGGUGGAUUGGGUGACCUUUUUGACCUUGGUGGGGGUGUUGGCAUGCCAACAGGAUCCUACGUUCCUCCUAAAACUCUGUGGUUACCGGCAAUGAAGGCUAAAGGGCUCGAGAUUUCUGGGACAUUUGCCCGGCGCGGUGGGAUCAUUCAGAUGGAUUUGUCUCUCACCAACAAAGCCAUGAGCGUUAUGACUGACUUCGCCAUUCAGUUCAACAGGAACAGUUUUGGUCUGGCCCCUGCUGGCCCUCUGCAGGUUCUGACUCCUCUGAGCCCCAAUCAAACCAUUGAUGUCAGUCUGCCUCUCAGCACAAGUGGCCCCGUCAUGAAAAUGGAACCACUCAACAAUCUGCAGGUAGCUGUGAAGAAUAACAUUGACGUGUUCUACUUCAGCUGCCAGUAUCCCCUCAGCCUGCUCUUUGUAGAGGACGGAAAGAUGGAACGUCAGGUGUUCCUGGCCACCUGGAAGGAUAUUCCAAAUGACAAUGAGGCACAGUUCCAAAUCAAAGACAUCCACCUCAACUCAGACGCAGCCAGCAACAAGCUGCAAGGCAGUAAUAUCUUCACCAUAGCCAAGAGAACAGUGGAGGGGCAGGACAUGCUGUACCAGUCCAUCAAACUCACCAAUGGCAUCUGGGUGCUGGCAGAAAUGCGUGUGCAGACCGGAAACCCCAGCUACACGCUGUCGAUAAAGUGCAGAGCGCCAGAGGUCUCUCAGUUUGUGUACCAGUGCUAUGAGUUGGUGCUGAAGAACUGAAAUGGAGGGAACCAAGAGGAAACUGCAGGUCCUGGGCAUCGUUUGGGUGACUGAAACCCAAAAUUUGAUUGGACCAGUCAGAGAAAGAACCCCCACUGUCUUGCAUUUCCCUCAGACUGUGCUGUCAGCAUUGACUGAAUCCCAAGGAAUUUUUCUUCAUUAUUUUGUCCAUUCCCAACGCCCUUCUUUAUCCCUCCUGUUUCCAUCCUUUAGUCGCAAAAUAUCUCUCUUCUAAAAUGCGACACACAAAAUAUAAAGAUACCAUCUUUAUUCCACAUGUGCAGGUGUUCUUUUCAGCAAAUUUCAUUGCCUGUACUACAUGAUGUGUAUCCUGGCUCAUGAAGGGCAGACAUCAUGUGCAGAAGAUCUCUAGAGUUUUAGAGCAGCCUGUAUUCGUCAUCCAUCCAGUGGUGGGAAGGGUAUGUUUACUACAGUUGAGAGAAACCUUUCAACACUGCUGUUUUUAAUUUAGUCUUCAUAAUCAUACGAUGGGUCACUUGGUUUGUAUUCACAAACAUACUGUUGAGUGAGUCAUUGAGGUUCAAAUUUUGAUGUAUUUAUUUUCUUCUAUUUUAGUAAAGCUCCUCCCCAUCUUUCCUUAGUAAUUUAAGUCUGUCACAAUUUCUUUUAAGGGAAUGCUGUGUUUAUCCAGAAGCACUACACAAAUGCUGAGUAAACUUUUUUUUUUUUUUUUUUUGUCUUCAGAUUUUCUGUAUUUGGGGACUAAGAUUGCAGUCAAUUUUUGUUAUUAAGAUGGGUUUAUUUUUAAUUAAUACAAUCUUUUGUGUUCUUUGUAACAGUUUUGUGUGUGUGAGUUGGAGAUUUAACAUUCUGCAUGUUCUGUUCCCUCUUCUGGCAAUCUUCCCUGUCCUUUCUCAUUCCCCCGUUUGUGUCUGUGUACAUGCCCACAUAUUCAGGGGGUUGUCAAUUUAGUGUGUGUGUGUGUGUGUGUGUGUGUUUUGUUGCAAGCAAAAUAAACUGCUAAAUCUGCGAGGGAGGCUUGACUCCUAAGAUCAUCCUACAUAAAAUGAUUACUUUACGGUAAGAAUAUCUCUAAUAUCACACUGAACGCAAUGCAUCUGAUGUCGCCUGCUUUGCAAAGCAACUUGUUUCUUCUCUUUCUUUAUGGAACAGGGAGUUGUGGUUAAACCUCUACACUCAUGUGACUGUUUAAUUUUGUUUUUAAAACCAUGUUGGCAGGGUGGACGGACGUCAAGCUUAAUGUAAAACACAUACCACCAGACGAAACAUUGCUGAUCUGACACGCAUAAUGCUGUGUGCGUAAACUUAAAGUUCCCAAAUAAUUGAUUUUUUUUUUUUUUUUAAAUCAUAAUUUGUUGAUUCUUUAUGUAUGUGUGUUUUAUUCUGUAGGUUUAGUCAUAGGGUUACUACAAGGAGAUGUCCAGCAAAGAAAUCUGCUUUACUUUUUGUUGUUUUCUGUCAUGAAUGCAUCAUCUGUUAUGGAAAUUAAAAAAGUAUAUUAUCCAUUGA